AUGUUCCUCCUCGUCGGCCGCUCUUUCCCACGUCAGACCGCUUUCCUCGUCGCCCGCGCUUUCCCUCAUCACCCUCACCGACCCUCUGGUCGCAUAUGUUGCCCUAGUCGCUCGCGCUUUCCCACGUUAACCACACAUCCCCUCGUCGCAAUCGCUGUUAGUAAACAUACCGCGCUUCAGAUCGUCACCCGCGCUUCACUCAUCACCCUCGUCGACCCGCACCGAUCCUCGCCGCCCUCACCUCCCUUAGUCACCCACAUUCCCUCUCGUCGCUCGCGCUUCCCCUCAUCACCCUUGCCGACCCUCGCUGCCCUCGCCUCCCCUCGUUGCCCGCGCGUCCCGUCGUCGGGCUUGCCUCCCAGUCACUCGCGCUUCCCCUCGUCAUCCGCGUUUCCAUCCGCUCUUCCCCUCUCCCCAUCUCACCAUCUCCAGCCCAUCCUUCCUCCCUCAUUCCUUCCGAAGGGGUGGGACAGAUGGGGAGGAACAGAGGUAGUCGCUUCCGCCACCACAAAGAAACAUUGUUUCGAUCCCCUCUCUGCUCCCCACCAUCCUCCCCCCAGCUCUCUCCCCGGCAUCUGCCCCCGUUCCCCCCAUCCUCUUCCCUGCUUCCCCUCAUCCCCUUCCCUGCUUCCCCCCAUCCCCUUCCCUGCUUCCGCCCAUCCCCUUCCCUGCUUCCGCCCAUCCCCUACCCUGCUUUCCCCCAUCCCCUGCCCUGCUUUCCCCCAUCCCCUGCCCUGCUUCCCCCCAUCCCCUUCCCUGCUUUCCCCCAUCCCCUGCCCUGCUUCUCCCCAUCCCCUUCCCUGCUUCCGCCCAUCCCCUUCCCUGCUUCCGCCCAUCCCCUGCCCUGCUUUCCCCCAUCCCCUGCCCUGCUUUCCCCCAUCCCCUGCCCUGCUUUCCCCCAUCCCCUUCCCUGCUUUCCCCCAUCCCCUGCCCUGCUUCCCCCCAUCCCCUUCCCUGCUUUCCCCCAUCCCCUGCCCUGCUUCCCCCCAUCCCCUUCCCUGCUUCCGCCCAUCCCCUUCCCUGCUUCCGCCCAUCCCCUGCCCUGCUUUUCCCCAUCCCCUGCCCUGCUUUCCCCCAUCCCCUGCCCUGCUUCCCAACAUCCCCUUCCCUGAUUCCCCCCAUCCCCUUCCCUGCUUUCCCCCAUCCCCUGCCCUGCUUCCCCCCAUCCCCUUCCCUCUUCCCCUCAUCCCCUUCCCCGCUUCCCCCCAUCCCCUGCCCUGCUUCCCCCCAUCCCCUUCCCUGCUGCCUCCCAUCACUCGCAUUCUCCUUCCUCCCUCACUCACUCUCUCACCCUCCUUCCCCUCACCCUCUCCCCUGUUCCCACCUGCCCUCCAUAUCCCUGCCUUUCCCUCCCUGCCCUGCCCUUCCCUUCUCCAUCCCUUCUCAACCCUUCCCUUUCAUGUCAUGCCCUCCCCUUCCCCCUCACCUUUCGCCCUCUAG